AUGGAGAGCCCAAAGCAGGCCCAAGCUAUAGUGGGCCAAAUGGAGAACUACCCGUUCAUGGUGUUGGGCAUGCCCAGGCCCAUCAGGUCCCGACCUGCUAGGCCAGAGAUGUUUGAAGACCGCCCGAGAAAACCGGGACAGAGGAUCGUGUGCCGUUGGGUGGGCCCAGAGGAUCCCGAUUUUGAGGUGGCUAAGAAACUGAAGAAUCUCGCAAAGAAACAUGAGGCUGAGGCAUUCGUGGUGCUCGAG